AUGGCUGAAGCUUCCUCGGAUAACCCCUUGGCCUCCCUCCCAACUCCCGUUCCAGACCCCAUCACUGGUCGUCUGGAUCCCAACGACCCCGCCGUCAAGGCUCUCACCGAUGCCGCCCUCAACAUGGACAAGAGCAAGAUUCCCCGACCAUACAAGUGCCCCCUUUGCGAGCGCGCUUUCUACCGUCUCGAGCACCAGACGCGUCACAUCCGCACUCACACUGGCGAGAAGCCUCACGCGUGCACUCACCCGGGUUGUGACAAGCGCUUCUCGCGCUCGGACGAGUUGACGCGUCAUGCUCGUAUUCACCUUCCCCCGGCGACAGAAAACGGCUCAAAGGGCAAGGCGAGGCUUGAAGACGAAGAUCACGACAUGGAUGGUGACCGUCGUGGCCACCUUCCUCACCUUGGCCCCUCGUACGGCAUGGACUUUGACGGUCGCCACGACUACGCCAACCCUUACCUUCCCCCGCUCGCCAUGGGAAAUGGCGCUGCUGCGGGCUCUGGAAUGAACGACAUCUCGGCCCUUGCCGCUGCCGCCAGCGACCAGCUUUACGAGCUUGAACGUCACGAGGCCUUCCGUCGUGCCGAGUAUGAGCUCCGUCACCGUCAGAUUGCUGCGGGUGCUGGCCGCAAGUCGAAUGGCGGCUCGCCCAGCGCCAACACGCCUACCCCGUACGGCUUUUCGAACGAGCGCGACCGUAUUACGCAGGGCGCCCCCGCCCCCAACGGCGGGCAGAUCGUUUUCCCCGUGUCUGCUCCCCAGCCGGCUACGGCCAAUCACCCCGCCGUCCCAGCCGGCACGCUUGCGGACCCCACGUAUCUUGUGCCGCCCUCGUGCCACCAUCCCGACUGCCACAAGAGUUACCGCAAGCGUCUCAAGGUCGCUCGUGAGACUGCCGCUUGCCCCAACUGCCUGACCCCGGCGGCGGGCGUCCCGCACAAGAGUCACGGCGCUAGCGGUGCUGGCCGCGGCUCGGGCUCCGGACCCCACGGUGGCAAUGACCACCACUCGAGCAACGGGUCAACUCCCAAGGACCGCUCCGGAGUCGACUCGGCAGACGAUCUUACCAAGUUGGCUGGUAACGGGCCAGGUGGCAACACGUACCACCUUCACCACGCGAGCCUUCAGCAGCAGCUGGCUCGUCUGCAGCAGCAGCACACUCAGCAGAUGCACCAGCACAAGAACCGCCGUCACCACCAGCUCAACCCCUAUCCGGUGAACAUGCACCAGCACCGCUCCUCCCACGCGUCGCUCGCACCUUCGGCUGAGGUGUCGCGCGCCGCUAGCCCAGCGACGAGCGAUUCGUCUGACGAUGAGCAGGCUCCGCAUGUGCAUCACCCUCACCCGCAGUUUGCCCACACGAGCCCGGUGCUCGCAGGCAUGAGGGGCAUGUCUAUAUUCCCCGGCCGCAAUGUCAUGACCGCACCCGUGUCGGCGUCCGGCAGCCCUGUUACGUCGCGCGCCACCUCGCCAGUUGAGGGUGGUCACAGCGCGUCGUCAGGCAAACAUGGGCCUAGUUCGCACACUGCGCGCGACGCCAAGAACCGCGCGCACCCGUACAGCACGCAUUCCCACCACCAUGGCCAUGCGCUGCACCACCACGCGCAUGCUUCCGUUCCCAGUUCGCCCCUUGUCUCUGCAACCAAGUCGCGUAUGUCCCCACCCAAGCUUGACACUCCCCACGGCCACAAGAGUGUAGAAGAGAUUCUGAACUCUUCGGCUAUCCCGCCUCCGCCGCCUGUCAAGGACCGUACUCUUCCGCCGCCCCACUCGAACGCUGCAUUUGCCUCGGUGCCCAGUAUGAGCUACUCGCUGAACGCGGGCUCAGCGCACGCCAGCCCCGUUGGCUCGCGCUCUAGCUCGCCUGUCCACAACACGUCCGCUUCUUCGCACUCGCACUUGGCCAACUCUGUCCGCCAGGCCUUUGGCAUGACCCCUAUGUUUCGGGGGUCAGAUACGCCCUCCACCGUCACAACCAACCCCUCGCCCAAGAGCGUAAUUGGGCAUUCGUCGCCCCCUCCAAAGCUCGCUCCCUUGGGUCACGGCAACCCUGACGUGAAGCCCAGUCUUCCCAGCUUUUCUCGGGGUCCCUCUCCAGUGCAUCUGAUGGAGCUGGACGGGCAGGCUUGA